AGCCGGUACAGGCCGGUUGUUGUUGUUGUAGAUGGUUCUGGAUCCGUUCUGGCCGUGAUUCAUAACCGUUUAGGCUUUUUCCUCCCUCAUGUCGGUUUGCCUCGGUUUUCAAGCCAAAACAGCCUUCCCACGCCGUGGGUCGCCUGUAUUUCCCAGCAUGCACUCUGCUCAGUGAAGUAAAAUGGCGGAUAAACAUACAAAACAUGGAACGAAAUUUUAAACAUGAAAGCCUCCUUAUUCAAUCACGCCCUUUCUUUUUCUUGCCAGAGAUGGCAUGGGUUAAGAAGACUUUCUGUCAGUGUAUUUUAUUCCCAGAAGUUAGAUUUUGUUCCCGAAUUCCACACAAGCAAACAAGAACUAAGUUACAUAACAUCUCGGCUAGAUGAAUUCAUCGCUGAAAAUCCUAAAAUCUUUGUUAUUACCGGCGCCGGAAUAUCCACAGAAUCUGGUAUUAGGGACUAUAGAUCAGAAGGUAAAGGACUAUACGCCAUAACCAAUGAUCGGCCGAUGGAAUAUCAAGUUUUCUUAAAAAGUGCUGCUAUGCGGCAGAGGUACUGGGCAAGGAACUAUGUAGGAUGGCCGGAGUUCGGAUCUCGGCAGCCAAACGAGGCCCAUUACGCUCUGGCAAAGCUAGAAAGACUUGGGUCGGUUCAUUCUCUUGUCACUCAGAAUGUAGAUGCGCUGCACACGAAGGCAGGGUCGAAAAACGUGAUCGAACUUCAUGGAUGCUCACACAGGGUCAUAUGUUUAGGAUGCAAUCAGAUCACAGCAAGAACAGCAUUACAAAAACGUAUGAUUGAGUUUAACCCAGACUGGCAUGCUAUAGGUCAAGGGCAAGCCCCGGACGGUGAUACCUUUCUCACCAGUGAAGCUGUGAAAGACUUUAAAGUCCCCCCCUGUAAGGCAUGUGGUGGGAUUCUUAAGCCAGAGGUAGUGUUUUUUGGUGACUCUGUGCCCAAACAGAUAGUGAAUAUUGCAUAUGAUAGACUGGCUGAGAGCGAUGCUCUCUGGAUUAUUGGCUCUACUGUUGAAGUUUAUUCAAGUUAUAGAUUUGCAACAGAAGCAAGCAAACAGGGAAAACCCAUUGCUAUAUUGAACAUUGGUAAAACAAGGGCAGACAAGCUUGCUUCACUAAAGGUCUCAGGAGUUUGUGGGACUGUUUUACCAAAGCUAGAUUUACUGCAGAGAUUAUGACUCAUUCAAUAAUGGUGAAAUUGAGUAUCACGCCACUGAAUGAAGAAUGAGUUUAAUUGAUAGCGAUUUUCAGUCUACAAGAACAGAAAACAAAUCUCAUAUACUCAUAUACACCUAACGGUAUUUUAAUAAAGGUUGCACCCAUAAACUAAUGUAUUGUAAACUGCAGUGGUUCAUGGGUAUCAAAAAAAUAAGCAAAGCUUAAAUAAAAACAAAUUUCGGCUUUAAAAGCUGUAGAAUAAUUGUUCAUGUUCCUCUGAACAUUCCCAUGGCUUUCAGAUAUCAUGGUUCAGCCAUUUAUACGAAUCCCAUAAAGCACUGCAAGUUAGGAUACAUUGACUUCAGAGUGCAACAUUAUUUGAAAUAGGUGUAUACUCUUUCUUACACAUAUUGAACUGUUAUAUAUAUAUAUCUUGCUUGAUAUGUAAUUGUUUUUAAAUGUAAUAUAUUUGUGCAUUCAUUGUAUCUAGGAUAAGCAAAGUGACAACUCUUUCUGUUAAAUUACAAAAUGAGAGCAAGCUUUCUGUAAAAAAAUGAUGUUUUCGCA